CCCAGAAGACUCCAGCUCCCGCUCUGAAGCUCACAUACCCACUCUCCAGCAUGAAGGUCUCCGCUGCGCUUCUGUGCCUGCUCCUCGCAGCCGCCGCCUUCAGCUCCCAGGUGCUUGCUCAGCCAGAUGCAGUUAAUUCCCCAGUCACCUGUUGCUAUACAUUCACCAGUAAGAAGAUCUCUGUGCAGAGGCUGGAGAGCUAUACAAGAAUUACCAGCAGCAAGUGUCCCAAAGAGGCUGUGAUCUUCAAGACCAAAGUGGCCAAGGAGAUCUGUGCUGACCCCAAGCAGACAUGGGUCCAGGAGACCAUUGCUGCCUUGGACAAGAAAACCCAAACUCCAAAGCUGUGAACACUCACUCCAGAACCCAAGAAUCUACAGCUAAUUUAUUUUCCUCUGGCCUUCCUUAGAUGCCUUCUGAUAUUAUUUUUUUAUAAUUUCAAAGAGUAUGGACUUUGUUGAUUGGAAACAUGACACCUCAAGUAAUGUUAAUAUUAUUUAAGUUAUUGAUGUUUUAAUUUUAUCUUCCAUGAAUACUAGUGUUAUUUAGACAUGGACACUUUAGCAAAUCUCUUUCCCUCUUCGAGCCCCAGUUCUACCCCUGGGAUGUUAUGAGGGCCCUUGCAAGGACCAUUAAUGCAAAGCACUUCUGUUUUAAUUUCCAAGACAUUUCUUAAAAUAUUAUUGUAGAGAUGCAUUUAUUACAUAACUAUUGAACAAAUAUAUA